AUGGGGAUCAAGGGGUUGCCCGAUGUCCUGAGGCCGUGGCUCACCCCCGUGAGCGUGAGCAAGUACGCGGGCAAGCGAGCCGCGGUCGACGCGUACUCGUGGCUUCACAAGGGCGCGUACAGCUGCGCGCUCGAGCUCGGCACCGGGGACAGGUGGUGGGCGCGCGCGAAACGGGACGCGCCGUACGUCAGGUACUGCGUCCACCGCGCGCAGAUGCUCAGGCACUUCGGGAUCACCCCGGUGAUCGUGUUCGACGGCGACCGUCUCCCCGCGAAAGGCGGCGAGGAGAAGGAGCGGAGGGAUCGACGUGCGGAGGCGCUCAGGAAAGGCCACGAGCGCCUCGCGGCGCGGGAUCGCGAAGGCGCCGCGUUUUUCUUCGCGCAGGGCGUGGACGUGUCCCCCUCGAUGGCGCACGAGCUCAUCGCCGCGCUCAAACGCGAGGGGUUCGAGUUCAUCGUCGCGCCGUACGAAGCCGACGCGCAGAUCGCGGCGCUCGCGGCGAUGGGAGGCGGCGAAGGCGGCGGCGUCGACGUCGUCUUCACCGAAGACUCCGACCUCGUCGCGUACGGGUGCCCGUCCGUGCUGUUCAAGCUCGACAAAUUCGGCGACGCGCAGGAGCUGCGCAUCGCGGACGGCGCGCCUUUGAACUUCACCGGGUGGUCGAUGGACCUGUUCCUCGGGCUUUGCGUCCUCUCCGGGUGCGAUUUCCUCCCGAACGUGCGCGGGAUCGGCAUCAAGAAAGCCCACGCGCUCGUGGCGAAGCACCGAAGCAUCCACGCCGUGCUCGCGGUGUUGCGCGGGGACAAAAAGAUCGUCGUCCCGGACGGGUACCACGAGAACUUCCGGCGCGCGUACUGGACGUUCAAGCAUGCGCGGGUGUACGACCCGAAGCUCCGACGGCUGCGACCGCUGAACCCGACGCCUCCGGAGCUCGAG